AUGAUUGUUCCACAGCCUUACUCAUUCGUUGAUUCCGCACCAUCGCUUCUUGCAUCCAUUUCUUCGGUACAUGGGCAACCCCCAGCAUUGAACAAUGCCAACGCCCCAGCACAAUAUCUGGCGUUAUCAUCGUCGUCCUCAUCCCGACUACACCAAAGCACGCCGCUGUGGUUGUCGAUUGCGGCUCAGGACGGAUCCUCUUUUGGAAGCCUCGGUACGGGGAUAUCUCGUACUAGCCAAUCAACAGCAUUGUUAGUAGCAACAGUACAACCCGCAGCGUUUUCCUCGGAUGAUUUCGUAUCGGACCGAAUUGUUCGUGUGGACGAAAACGGAAGCAUCCUACUGCGUCGCAGCGGCUUCGUGUCGCUGGCUGGAGUUAAACUUCCGAAAGUCGGGACAAGUAACUCGGUUUUCCCAGACUGUGUUUCGUCGACCCCAGUAGCUAAACUUCAACAAAUGCUGCCGGUACGCGAGGACGUGUGGUUCCAGCGUGUUGCCGGAGACGGACGGAGUACUCGCGUUGUCCUUGUGCGGAUGGUGAACAGUCGAACGGAUACGGUAAAGAAAGCAAGCAUUGUCAACGAAUCUCUGUUAGAGUCCGGUUGGGCAUUGGUGCGCACGAGUGACAACACGGCGGUGGCGGCAUCGUCGUCCAUUUUGUCCGUGGAGCGUUUACAAUCGCUUCAGCAGAGAGCCCGCGAGCGACAAAUCGGUUUGUUCCAAACAUGUCAAGAUUCGUUUCAGGCCGAAUUUGAACCCCUUGACCUUACCACAGAAAUUCAGUGGGGUGAAGAUGGCGGAAAGCAGGUAUUGCGUCGCAAAGAGGCCCAGCCGACGAGUCCACCUAAGAAUCCUGGAGAUGUGAAGGGAUGUUCCGAUUUUGGAACGUACGAAGAUGCUUUGCGAUGGUACGAAAAUUACUUUCCCUUUUAUGGUGACGUUGCCAAGUUAGAUCGAGAUAAUGAUGGUGUCCCUUGUCCAGGCUUGCCGCACACUACAAAUCCGGAUCGAUACCGCAUGAAAAAACCUAGCAAAUGAAAUCCUUCCACUACCGGAUUCGAAAUAUUGCUCGACUGCCAAAUC